AUGGCCUCCGUCAAGCUUCCAGGCAGUGUUAAUGUUGAUGAUAUAAUUGUUGCUUCUAAUAAUCAUCAUGAAGUGCAGCUCCUUACUGCCACAUUACAUAGCACAUUCAAGUUAAAAAAUCUUGGGUCCUUGAAAUACUUUUUUGCUCGCAGUACCAAAGGCAUAUCUGUUUGCCAACGUCACUAUGCUUUGGAGAUUUUAAAGGAUUCUGGUCAGUUGGGUUGUAAGCCUCAUAGCACCUCCAUGGAUAUUGGUCUCAAGCUUUCUAUCGCUGAUGGUGACCUUCUCCCUGAUCCUUCUUUGUAUCAGAGACUUAUUGGUCGUCUUCUUUAUCUUACAAUUACAAGACCUGAUCUUUUCUUUGUUGUUAAUCAUUGGGCUGCUUGCCCAGAAACUCGUCGUUCAAUUUCUGAUUUCUGCAUCUUUAUUGGUGAUUCUCUCAUAUCCUGGAAAUCUAAGAAACAACACACUGUGUCCAGGUCUUCUACAAAGGUAGAAUACAGGUCUAUGGCCAAUGUCAGAUGUGAUCUAUUAUGGCUGUUUUCACUCCUCAAAGACCUUCAUGUUUUACAUCCAGCUCCUGCGCAUCUCUUUUGUGACAAUCACUCUACUCUUCACAUAGCAGCUAACUCGGUCUUCUAUGAGCGCACCAAGCACAUUGAGAUUGAAUGUCAUCUUGUUCGCAAACACAUUCUCAAAGGACGCUUGCAGACUUUUCCUAUCCCUUCCUCCAAACAACUUGCUGAUCUACUUACCAAGCCCAUGCUUCUCUCCAAAUUUGAUGUUUUGGUGUCCAAGAUGGGUGUUUUGAACAUCCACUCUCCAUCUUGA